AGACCUGCUCUUGUGCGCGUUUACGCGUGCGCACUGGGGCCUCCUGCCAAGACUGAAACGCCGUGGGGUCCCCGAGCUCUCCCUAUGUAGGCCUGCGAUGGCGGGUGCGGUCUCUUUCUCGCCCUUGCUCUUGGGUGUGCUGGGGCUGUUACUUUUGUCUGCGCUGCCCGGGGUCCUCGGAGACCGCCCCAGCCCCGACCUCCGGGCACACCCAGGGAAGCCCGCCCAGGUCGGCUUUGGGGCUACGGAACCCCGCCGGCGGCCGCCGCCCAAGGACCAGCGCGAGCGGGCCGGGGCCGGGGCGCUGCCUUUGGGGGCGCUGUAUACCGCGGCCGUCGUGGCUUUUGUGCUGUACAAGUGCUUACAGCAUGGGAAAGAUGAGGCUGCAGUUCUCCAAAAGGAGGCAGGCAAGAAGGAACCACUGCAGUCAGAGCAACAGCUGGCCAGGCUAACACAACAGCUAGAACAGACAGAGCAGCACUUGAACAACCUGAUGGCCCAACUGGACCCCCUUUUUGAGCGUGUGACUACUCUAGCUGGAGCCCAGAAAGAACUUCUGAACAUGAAGCUACAGACCAUCCACCAGCUGCUACAAGACAGCAAACCAGACAAGGGUGGGGAGGUUCCAGAACCAGAGGCCAGCAUACCUUUUCCUGAGGACGUAUGUAUAAAGGAAGAGGAAGAGGAAGAAGAGGAGGAAGAGGAGGAGGAGGAAGAGGAGGAAGCAGCAGCAGCUGGUGACAGUCCAGCCUGGGAGGAUCACAUGAACUGGAGCACAAAGACAUGGAACCUAGCUACUGCCUGGGAAGUAGAGCAGGGGCUAAGGAGAAGAUGCAGCAAGACUGUGGCAAAGUGCCCCAGUCACAGCCUCAACCGGGAAGGAAGGACAGCACCUGAAGGUUUAGUAAAACAAAGUCUGUUCUUGUGACUGAA